AACCCCGCGACAGACGCCAAGACGUGCGUCAUUUAUCAAGGUCCAUCAUGCAAGUCAUUUAUUCCUUUCUUAUAUAUCGACAGGACUAAGACGAAAUGCAAUAUAACAAACCAUCAGCCGGGUAAGUUGGUAGAUGUUACUGUGCUGACUCAUAGCAGCUGUGACAUCAGACCUGACUAGCCUCCGAUAAGAUAGCGACAUCCCACUUCUCAUGGCAGUCAGUCUGUCAGACAGUCAGUGUAAACAGAGACAAAGUAGAGUAAACGGUAUAAAAACACCUUCUUAUCUCAGUUUAGCCGGGUGUUCUUUGUGUGGUUGAUGUCGAACGACGUACUUCCAAGGUGAUUUGCGGUUGCCUUGGUUCCCCCCCUCCCCCUUCCUUCCCAUUAUAAAUAAGAAACCGUGCCGUGACACCGAAUAGCCUGAUAUCUGCCAUCUUCUUCUCUCUUCUCUUUUUCUUUCCUUCUUCUUUCUUUUCAUCAACCACCAUUCUCUUGACUUGCUGCAUCAUCUUCAAUCUCUUAAGCUCUCAUUGCAACACACAUACACAUAAACUCACGAUGACUCUCUACAAUGUUACCCUCAAAGAGUCUGCUUCUCCUGCCGAGCUUGAAAAAGCCAAGGAGAAAGCACGCGCUGAAGGAGGUACUAUCAAGCACGAAUACACCUUGAUCAAGGGAUUUACCGUCGAAUACCCCGACGACCAUGUGAACGUCCUCGAGAGCAACGAACAUCUCCACGUCGAGCAAGACGGGAAGGUCUCCACUCAGUAAAACGAUAGCGGCCAUGCCGACGCGCGCCAGAGGACUACCUAAGAGAAACCGAACUGGCGAUCAACCCGAGCAUACGCAUCUACAGGUCAAGCUGUCGGGGGAAGACUACAGUCGGCAUUUCUCUCGAUUUCCGCCUACUUGCAUUGCGGCACUGAAGAUAUGAAACGCCACGGUUCCGGAAAAAUGGAUCAACUGACCGUCUGUUAUUUCUCUUCCUUCCCGUUGGCCAACGAACACGAGCCUGCUUAUUUUAUGAUGAUAACGAAAAUGUGUGUGUUUGACUAUAGCAGAUAUUGUACGCAUAAUGAGACAUCUGUUGUUUCUUUCUGCAGCCAAUACUAGUGAAUAACUAGUCCGUAACGACUAUCCGACAUAG